AUGUCUAAUAUUACUGAAAAUGAACUUCAAUAUUCUAUUGUAAAUGAGAAAAAAUAUUAUACGUCAACAAUCACAAGUAUUCCAACUAAUUUAAGCACUUUGAAAAACUCUAAUAUUCCAUUUACAAUAAACAUUAUUCCAGAACUAUUUGAUGAUGAGGAUGUGCCUAUCUCAGAAGAAGAAAUUGUUAGGUGCUCUACUUGUAAAUCAUACAUAAAUCCAUUUAUACAAAUAAUACCUCCUGGAUUUAAAUGGAAAUGUAAUAUUUGUCUUAACAUAAAUGAACUGACAUCUCCAUUUUUUAUGACAAAUAGGCAGUAUUCUUAUCAUAAUACUGAUAAGUUUUGUUUAGCAGAGAAUGCAUUUGCCAACUAUAAUUCUUACGACAGAGUUGAAUUAAAGUCUACAAUUUAUGAAUUAUACGCACCUGAAAAUUAUUUGGUUAGAACGCCUACUUCUUUAAAUUUUUGUAUUUUAAUAGACAUAUCAUACGAAAGUGUAAAGAGAGGAAUCUAUCAGAUAGUUAUAAAUAGUCUGAUGGAUUCUAUUAAUAAUUCAUCAUUUGAUCCAAGAUCUAAAAUUAUGUUUAUGUUUUUUAACUCUGAGGUAUUCAUAUUAGAUAGAAAAAUGAAUCUUACUGUUAUAACGGACUCUACAUUUAUUCCUUACUUUACAAAAGAUGAUUAUUUUUUUUCUCUAAAUGAAAAAAUAGAUUUUAGUAUCUUAGAAUCAUCUUUUUUAGAAAUGAAGUGUACAAAAAUAAAUUAUGGGGAUUGCCUUAAAGUAGCACAUGCAAUUACUUGUAAGACUGGUGCUAUAUUCCUAACAUUUCUUAGUUCGACUCCAAAUUUUGGAUCGGGUGCCAUAAAACAGAAUAACACUUUAAAGCCUGAAGAAAUUUUUUAUAAAGAACUAGCAUCAUUAUUUUCUAAACAUCUUAUAUCAGUAGUACAAUUUUUAUUUCCUAGAUUAAAUAUUGACUUGCCUACAUUGUCUGGUUUAUCAAAAUCAACUGGUGGAAUGCUUUAUUAUUAUCCAAAUUUUGAUGGUUGUGAUUUGGUUUUUGUCACAAAAUUGAAUAAAGAUUUAAGUGACUUUUUUGAUCUUAGAAUGUGUCAUGAUUGUGUGUGUAGAAUAAGAACUAGUAGAGAUGUUUUUAUAAAAGAGUAUAAUGGUUCUUUAACACAAAGGACUUUAGAUCUAUUAUCUUUUCCAGGAUUUUUCCCUCCCCACACUUUUAAUAUCGAUCUAGAAGUAGUAGAUAAUAUUAAAGCAGAUGGUGUAUCAAUUCAAGUAGCAUUAAUGAGAACAACAAAAAAUGGUACACGCAUGAUACGUGUUAUUAAUAUCAAAAUCCCUGUCAAAAAUGCAUCAUUUUACGACUGUAUUGAUUCUUACGCUAUAUCACGAUCUUUGGCCCUAAAAGCAUUUUAUAACGAAAUACAAAAAAAAGAAUCAGGCUCUAGCUUUUUAUCUGCUAGUUUACUUUCUAUUCUUAAAUCUUAUUCCAAAAAUACUAACAAGUUUGAUGUACAAAAUUUGCCCAGUUCCUUAAAUAUUCUUCCUUUAUUGAUAUUAUCGCUUUGUAAAUCUAUUCCUUUACGCCCUGUAUCAUAUACACCAUUAGAUUAUAGAUCUUAUUAUAUGUAUUUAAUUGCUAAUUCAUAUCCUAAUAUUGUAGAUACGAUAAUUUAUCCUACAUUGCUUCCACUUCAUCACGAGGAAAUUUCUCCCCAAAAUUUAACUCUUGAUUGUUUAGAAAUCAAUGGAUUAUACCUUCUAGACACUGGUGUAACAAUAUAUUUCUUUAUUAGUAGAGAAUGUCCUGCUGAAGUUUAUAAUUUACUGUUUGGUGAAGAGCAGCUAUCAGGGAGAAUUAUUUUUAACCCACCUCAAAAUGACUUUAGUGCAAGAGUGAUAGAAAUAAUAAGUAAUCUGAAAAAGGAUAGAUUUAUAAAUCCUUUUUAUGUUUUAAUUAGAGAUGAUGGAUCUAGUAAUCUAUUCAAAGAAAUAUUUUUUACUUAUUUUUAUGAAGAUAAUAUCCAUGGAAUGCCAUCAUAUGCUAAAUAUGCAGAAUUAUUACAGAAUAGUAUGAAAUAA